GCCUGGCCUUCCCCCGGGGCUGCAUCCUCUUGGCCCCCGUCUGGCUGCGCUCUGGCCAUCUGCCUCUGUCCCCACCCCGGGGCACUUCGGACUGCGGUCUGCACCCCUUGUCUCCCUCCCCAGACCGCACCGGUGCCAUGAUCUCCAUCUUUCUCCGGGGUUCCACUUCUCAGCAGACUCCGAAGCUAGAGUUUCUGUCCUGUCGCCACACUCCUGACCCCUCCCCAGGGUGCUCUGAGGCUGGGGUCUCCCCGCAUCCCCCCUACCCUGUCCUCCCCUCCCCCAGGGCGCUGCGAGGCCAUGCGCAUGCUGCUGGCCGACCAGGGCCAGGGCUGGAAGGAAGAGGUGGUGACCAAGAAGACCUGGCUGCAGGGCCCGCUCAAGGCCUCCUGUCUGUACGGGGACUCUGCUCCCUGCCCUGGUCCGGGGACCGUGGGAGAGGGUCAGAACCCUUGGCUGCCCUUCCCCAGAUGUGCAACCGUGGACAAGUGGCCAAUCCUCUGUGGGCCUGUUUCCUCCUCUGAUGUCCCGGUGGUCACAGAGUGCCACCCUGUUUACCCGGGAACCUCCCACAUUCAGACACUUGGCAGGUCUCAAGAUCCCCGUUUUACAGCGGAGAAAACAAACAGGUCAGAGCCGGAAUUUGCAGGCAGGGGCCCCGAGGGGCACGCCCACCUGCUUUCCCAAACAGCCCCAGAAAAUGCUCUCAAAUUGGCCGAAGUCCUUCCAGGGCUGCCCUCUGAUCUGGGCCACUCCCCUGCCUUCCUGUGA